CAGACAACAAAGCAGCAAGCUCUGACCAGGGUUCAUAGCCAAUGUCCUCCUGAGCAAUCAUCAGUGGUCAUGUCAGGACAGAUGCAGGGGAAAGCUGAUAUUGCCAGUGUGUUAUCUGUUGGAUAUGAGGAGCAAGCAGAAUCCCCUUCAUGCAGCAAUACAAAUAUGACUAACAGAGCUGAGUCUUCAUAUGAAACUACUGAGCAGCUUUUGGUGAAGGCGGAUGGUAAGGAGGUUAUAAUAAUCAGCUCUGACGAUGAGGGAGAAGAGCUCAACUAUUCAGAAAUGGAGCUUUCAGACAGUGACCCAAUGGAGGAAUGCUACAGGAUCUUCAUGGAGGCCAACAAUGAGAAUAAAGGAAAUGAAGAUCACCUUGACUUACCUAUUGGAGCUAUGGAUGUUGUGAAGCCGGAGGUAAUCACCCUACCUCCAACAUUACGAGGAAAAAAGAGAGUAGCUCAUGAAGCCAAACCUACAGAGCUAGUGGCUAAGAGUAGACCCCAGCCACAGGUUUUGGUUCCUCUCCGUGGGCCAGCAGCUUCAGGAUUUCGCUCCUGGCCCUCUGUCACUUCCAAGAUCCAGCAAGUACAGCAGAGAGCCUCCAUGCUGUCUGCUUCAGUUAAAGGCAGUCACGCUUUUGUUUCCUCCUCAUUUCAAAAUAAGCCAGAAACCCAGAGUGCACCUUCUGCUUUGACUCAAACCCCUGAAAACCUGCAGCCUGCACCUAUGCAAAAUGUUUGUUUGAACUACAUACCUGUAGGCAACAACUUCCACUUCAUCCUCCCAGAGGGCACCAUCCCUCUGCCUAUUGCUUCCAGUUCCAGCCCAGUUACUACAGUGCUUACUCCAAUCAGCCAAAUGCAUCAAAGCGCUUUCACAGUCAAACAAAUGUAUCAUCCACCUGUAGUUACCCCUGUGCAGAGAUAUCGCUCAACAGCACCUGUGCUCAUUCCUCCUCUGGCACGUAAACCUUCACUGACCUCUGCUUUUGCAUCACCAUCUUUACAUUCAAGUCUAGCUUCCUCUACAGUUCCUCAAGCUUCCGUCCAGGCUCCAGUAUCCACAAAACGUAAACUGAAGCAGCAGUGUGAUGCUGCCAAAGAAAAAGUGCCCAAUGACGUCCGCCAGCGUUACAUCAGCUUGUUCACAGAGGAGUUCUACAAAACAACAGGCAAUGCUGAUUUUGCCUUGGAAAAGGCUCUUGCUGAAGAGAAGACUGUGUACAAUCGCAGCGUGAACAAAUUCAAAUACAUGAGCAUUGCAGUGAAUGCACUUAAGAAGUUGAAGAACCAAAGCACUGUUGCUGCUAAAGAUGAAAAUGAAGUCAACAGCCAAAGAUUGAAAGGCAACGUGCCACUUAACCUAAACAAGUUUAAAGCAAACGAUGACAUGGCAUUGUAUGAGAGUUUGAAGGAUUAUAUUUUGACUGAUGAAAAGCUGACAGAGGGCAACUAUCCUGUCCAGCAUCCAGAGAGACAUGGCUGUGCUGUUCUUUUUACUGAGAAUAAGAGAGUGCAUGCAGAUUCCCUCAAGAGGAUCUGCUGUCGAUGUGGAGCGACAUACUCUGUGAGUCAAACAGGCAAACAUAUUCGCAAGGAGGAGUGCAUUUAUCAUUAUGGGAAAGCAGUUACGAAUAGAGUGCCAGGUGGAGUGGAAACCCGCUACAGCUGCUGUGAGGGAGUCAUGGGAACCCCUGGAUGUCAGAUGUUCAAGUUGCAUGUCCAUGACUCCCUCAGCCUGGAUGGGUUUGUAUCUACUUUCUCCAGAUGUCCCUCAGACACCAGCUGUCCUGGUAUUUACUCCUUGGACUGUGAAAAGUGUUAUACCAUCCAUGGUUUGGAGCUAUCCAGAGUGACAGUGGUCAACUCUAGUCUUCAAGUCGUCUAUGACACCUUUGUCAGACCUGAUAAUGAAGUUAUUGACUAUAACACAAGGUUUUCAGGCAUCAGUGAGGAAGAUGUGAAGAGUAACCACACCUCCCUCAGAGAGGUCCAAGAAACCUUGUUGAGCUUCAUCAAUGCCAACACCAUUCUCAUUGGACACAGCCUGGAAACAGACCUCUGUUUACUGAAGUUGCUCCAUGGGACGGUGGUGGAUACAUCAGUGGUCUUCCCCCACCGUCUGGGUCCCCCUCACAAGCUGACCCUCAACAGGCUCACAGCUGAAUACCUCAGGAGGAUCAUCCAAGAGAGUGUUUGUGGUCAUGACACUGCAGAAGACGCUGCUGCCUGCAUGGAGCUCAUGCUGUGGAAGGUCAAAGAAGAUGGAAAAAUGAAAAAAUGAUAGCAAUAAAAACAGUCUCUGCUGUUCAUACAUGUAAAGACACAG